AAUAAAAUUUAGAAAUUAGUGUCAAUCAGUUACAGUACAGUGAUAACUGUCAUUUUGUAUUAUAAUGGAUCAAUUUCAUUUCUGAUUAACUUAACUGAUUAAAUUUAUGAAUUACCAACUGCAAAAGUUAAAAGUGACUAUCUCUAACCUAAUUUCUUGACAGUUAUAAAGCACUGUAUAAUAUUAUUAUUGCCGCAUGAAUAUAUAUUUCUUUCAAUUGCCACUUGUCCUUCUGCAUUGUCAAGAAAUUAAGUUAGAAAUAAUGACUUUGAAGUUUUGCAAUUGGCAAUUCGUAAAUUUAAUCGGCUGAUAAGAUUAAAUAGAGAAACUAGCCUAUUGCAACAAAAAAAAAUAACAAUUAUCAAUUUCAUAAACGUGAAGAGCAAAAAAGAAAAGAUAAAAAUAGUGCAAGUUUAAUUAAAAAGAAAUAUACUUAAAGAAUAGACUUGAUUAACGAAACAUCUAUGUGAUUAACAUCUAUUAUUAUUAUAUUAUUUAUAUAAUAGAAAUAUUUAUAUAUAGAAAUUGUGAUCGACAAUUAUUACUGACGUCAUCGCGAUCGAGGAGCAAUUAUCGAUCGACAUUUCGAUUAAUCAUCAUUCGUCGUCGCUGCUAUUGCCGCCAUUGAAUUCAAUUUCUCGUGUGGAGGCACAUACAUAGCCAGCGGUCGCACUGAUAACAACAUCGUUCCAAUCCUCUAAUCAUGUCGCCGUCGUGAAUUUAAAGUGAAAAGAGUUCCGAGAACAAUGGCAGAACCGAUCCCGGACGUCAAUAGCAUUAAAGCGAAGGCGUUGCAGACCUUCGCCGAGAAAUUCAGCGAGCAAGCCGACGUUUGCGUGUACGCACCGGGACGCGUUAAUCUCAUCGGCGAACACACCGAUUACAACGAGGGUUUCGUAUUGCCAAUGGCGUUACCGAUGGUCACGGUAAUAGCCGGCAAGUCUCACGGUGGUAAAAAAACGAGAAUUCUUUCUUUGAACGACGUAGUCGGCGCUACAAACGAAUUCGAGUUCGAAGCGGGAAGUCGAGCUAAUAUAAAACCGGGAGAGCCAAAAUGGGCGAAUUAUGUAAAAGGAUGCAUCGCCAAUUUUAUUUGUGACGUCCCCGCGUUUAAUGCCGUUAUUAUAUCGACUGUGCCAGCAGGUGCCGGACUUAGUAGUUCGGCAGCUCUAGAAGUAGCCACUUAUACUUUCCUGGAAACUUUGAGCGGGAGGAAACCGAAGAAACCAGAACAAAAGGCUUUAGCAUGUCAAAAAGCGGAGCAUGAGUUUGCUGGAGUCCCCUGCGGUAUAAUGGACCAAUUUAUUUCGGUGAUGGGCCAAGAAGGCUGCGCCCUUUUACUUGACUGUCGCGAUCUCAAUACUAAACAGAUACCCAUGUUGCACAUAGAUAAUUACAUUUUUCUCAUAACGAAUUCGAACGCACCGCACAAAUUGAGUUCGAGCGCCUAUUGCGAGCGCAGAGACUGUUGUUACGAAGCCGCAAAAAUAUUAGGCAAGAAGAGUUUGAGAGACGCAAAUAUAAAUGAUAUCCGAGCGUUGAUAUCGCAAAAUGCGUCCGAUCGUAUUGUAAAAAGAGCUCGUCACGUGAUCACGGAAAUUCAACGAACUCUGGACGCCGCGGUCGCACUUGAGAAAGGCGACUUUCAGCAGUUUGGCCGAUUAAUGAAUGAAAGUCACGAUUCAUUGCGCGACGAUUACGAGGUUUCGUCUGAGGAGCUUGAUACACUGGUCUCGGCGGCCAGAGAGGUGGACGGCGUAUUAGGAAGCCGUUUGACAGGCGCGGGCUUCGGUGGUUGUACCGUAACUUUAUUGAAAAAAGACACGGUUAACAAGGCGAUCCAACAUAUGAAAGCAAAAUAUCCUGGCACACCUGCAUUCUACAUAGCGACCCCGGCCGGAGGUGCUCGAAAAAUUGGUGUGAACUAAUAUUAAUGUCAAUUUCUUUACAUACACAUGUACAUAUUUUACAAUAAUGUUAACAAGUUGUAAGAUACUUUGACAUGAUAUUGAUUUUUCAAGAUUUAAACGUUGUGUGCUCCUGUU